AGAUAGCCUCCCUUGGCGUAGCUCUUCACGCGCGGAGGUAAAUUUUGUCUCGGAGUAAACCGGAAGGUGGGACAGAUUUGUUUAUAUUGACAACUAUGCCGGUCUAUCAUUGCUGCGUGCCAGAAUGCACAUCUUCGACAAGAAAACUACAAGAUUUGGAUAAACAUCCACACAUGAAAGAUGUAACGUUUUAUUCAUUGCCUAAAAAGUCGGACCAAAGAAGAAGAAAUCAGUGGAUAAGGCUCAUCAGACGGGAGAAGUCUUGGGUGCCGAACAAAUAUACAAGAAUUUGUUCUUGCCAUUUUGAGCCCGGCUCAAAUACUCCGACAUUAUUUCCAUACAACAAUUUUAAAAAAUCGUCUUAUACUAGGAAAACAAGCAACUCUAUCCAGAUGCCAGUUGAUAUCAGUGAUGAGGAGGAAACUUCAACAGAAAGCAAUAGUGGCAUACUUCUUCAUCAUUAUGAAGAAGACAACAUCCCCUACGUUGCUGAGGAAUAUGAAAUCAACACCAGUCAUGAUAGAUCUGAGGAUGUGAAGCAUGUGAAGAAAGUGGAAUGUGUUACAAAUCCUCCCUUCCUUGAUCAUGUUUAUGCUGCUGGUACAUCACCAGGUUCUACUGAUGUGAACGUCCAGGAUACAGCAGUGCAAACGGACAUGACCAUGAAUGAUAUCAACAUAAUGUCUAAUCAAAUCCACCAACGUCAAGCAAAACUUGAUGACAAGACCACUCUUUUAAGAAAUUGUUUUAUUGAGACUGUUACCAAAAAUGAUGAGAAUGUUAAAUUGUACACAGGGUUACCGUCACUUGCUAUGCUAUUGGGUAUUUUCAAUAUUUUAUCUGCCAAGUGUUCUGCAUUAAAAUACUGGUCAGGUCCACCCAGUGCCCAGGAGAAAAAUUACCAGAGGAACAGACAUGGAAAACCUGGUCCAUCAAGAAAAUUAUCUUUUUAUCAGGAAUUUAUUCUUUCACUUGUUCGCUUACGUUUAGGAUUAUUUGAGUUUUGUAUUGCUGAUCUGUUUGGUGUAUCUAAAAGUAGGGUUUCCCAGAUUUUUAUUACUUGGAUAACUUUUAUGUCAAAUGCAUUUGGAAACUUUUUGAGAUGGCCAUCUCGGAGACAAGUAAAAAAGUAUAUGCCAUUGUCCUUUAGGAAGCAGUACCCUAAUACACGUGCAAUUAUAGAUUGUACUGAAUUUUUUUUUACAACGACCUAGAUCUCCAACUGCUCAAGCAGCUACAUAUAGUACAUAUAAGUCUAAAAACACAGCUAAAUGUUUGCUAGCUAUUUCACCAGCAGGGAAUUUUACUUUUGUUUCAAAACUUUAUGGUGGCAAUGUGUCUGAUA